AUGAAAACAGAUGAAAAUACUACAAUGCCUUUGGCACGGAUAGCCCGCGCAUACUUCCAGCUUGCCACAAAAACGGUGAGUUGGGUCUCCGGGUUCGGCGCUUCGGGUCAGAUGACGUGUCGUUCACGACUCGACCUUUUUCGCGAAACCCGACACCUUCUGACGAAGUACCCGCUGACGUGUCAUCUCAUUUGCAGAGUCGAUAUUUGUUCAGCGACUCGCGACAGAGGAUCGUCGCCUACCUGCUUAUCUUUCUCUGCUUCCUCACGCCCUCCUCAACCUCAUUUGUUCUGUAUCAAGGAAGUAAGUACAGUAGUCCCGCGUCUCGAUUGGUACCUAAUAUUUCGGUUUUCAGCGACUGCAAAGAUCGAGUAUAAAGACGUGAAUAUGCUGAAAGAGAUGAAGUUGGAAGAUAGGAAAGUGAUAUUCGAGUUUUGCAAUUUGGUUGUUAAAUUUCCGCAAUUGGUAAGCAAAACCCUACACCUUUCAGUGCUAAAUCUGUAACUUUUUCCAGUUGGCCAAGAAAAUGACGCACGAGCAAGUGCGGAAGUCGAAGCCGAUUUGCGAGCAACUUCUUCUGGGUAUUUCCAAAGUCAGAGAACAAGAGUCUCGAGCUCAUCGGGCUCAUACUAGAGUAUUAUGAUAAUAGGUAGGCGAGAGUUCUCAGAAAGAGCAAAAUGCUAACUUUGAAUGUUUUCAGAAAGAAAGUCUUCGUUUCUCAUCUCAUCUCAUCUCAAAGUCAUACGAAAAAUCAAGAGGGUGCCUCCAGAAUCAAUCACAAAUCGAAUGCGGAACGACGUCGUCGCCAUAUUUAUUUUGUUUCUCUUUUUUCAUUUUUUUUCUCUUUUUUGUUUUCUCCGUUCCCAGUGCAAACCAGUAUUAUAUGUCUACUUCUCCUUGUGUGUAUUUCGAUUGACCGAAACAUGAACAUUCGCAUUUACCUUCUUCUGCUCUUCCUCACUGCUCUUUCCCUCCUCUCGUUUUCUGUAAAUACGUCGUCACUCUCGGUAUAUAAAUCAAACGAAUCGGUUGCAAAACAUCCAAGGAAAACCGCAACAAAUUUAAUAGCUUGCAGGACAGAUAAACCUCGAAUCAGCGGAAAGGAUUUGGCUGAUUUCUCAUCGUUCUGACAAGGGACGCACCCGAACUGCCGAACAGAGUCUGAGUCUGAACUGGGGGAGAACUGAAAGGGUCUAGGAAGGGUAGAAAUUGUACCAGGGGAGACUUUGGGGUCCAUAUCACAUCUUGAUAUUAUAUGGUGACCGUCGCACAGCGUCAGUUCCAAGUGUAAAUGUUCUUCUCAUCCGUUUCUUUAUUUUUCUCUCUGAGGAAACAACCUCUAAAGAACCUCCGAACAUAUCCUCCGAACGCGAGGCAAUGCCAGAAACUCGAUCAUUUCACCGAAUGCUUUCAAUAAUGCUUCACGUGAACUCGUUCUCUUUUCGCACUCACUAUCUUUCUCACCUUUGAUUAGUUUUCAAAACAAGUAUCGUCUCUUUUUGUGAAGUUUAGCUUUCGUGUGAGACAAACGAUAUGCCACCAGCGAAAGGAGGGUCAGUUCUUCCGAUCUUCCGGCAUCGCCCAACGCCGAUUUCAGAAACAAAACCAAGAACACGAAAAAGGGGAUGAAGAAAAAGAAAGAGAAGAAGGCGGACGACACGAUUGCCGAGGACGAAAUCGAGACAAAGGAAGUAAAGAAAACGAGCAAGGAGGGGACGAGGAGGGAGAAAAGGAAGUCGGGCGAGCAGGAGAAGAAGGCGAACGUCGAGAAGAUCAUUGAUCCGGCUACGCUGAAGAUCAUCAACGCCGCCAAGUUCUUCUGUGAUGAAGUCAUGAAAGUUUGUGAGUUUGCGAAGAAGUUAGUUCACCGCUUCAAUCGCAGUGUUUCAGCCCGUGACUCGACGCUGGCCGCCCAUUACGAAGCCAAUCUGAAGCAGUACACUCCGUCUUUUCCGACCACCGAAUGGGAGAAAAAUGCGGCGAAGAAUCGGUCGGCAGAGCACAAAAUGUUCGACAAUACGCGUUACGUUCUCAAAUAUCCGAGCGAAGCGAAGAAGGAAGAUCUUCCCGACUACAUUAACGCGAGCCGAGCCACUUUCGAGCCGUGGACCGACGUUAAGUUCAUUUUGACUCAGUAUCCGCUUCCGAAUACUGUGCCUGACUUCUGGCGGAUGGUUUAUCACGAGGAAGCCGCCAGAAUCAUCUCGAUCUUCGAGCCGUACGUCGACGAAGCCAUCGAAGAGUUCAACAAGGUGCCCGAUGCCGUGGCCUCAGCCCCAUCGGCAACGGCGCCCACCGAUUCGUCGGCUGAUGGCGCCAAAUCGACGGCCGAGAAGAUUGUGGCCCGUUCAACGCGUUGUGAGAUCGGCCAGCUCAAGUCGUUCUUCCCGCUCUUCGCGGAUCACUACACGACGUUGAGCGGAUGGCUCGUCAACACCCGCAAAGUGGAGAACGACGAUCGCAACAAGAACUGGCUGAGCACUUAUACGGUCGAGGUGGUCCCGGAAGGCUGCAGCAAUGCCGUCUUUCACAAAGUCUACAACUGCUGCACGUGGCCGUGGAAGAAAGAGCCGAGUGACGAGAAGAAGCUGCUCGCGUUGGUCCGUGCUCCGUGGAAGGGGGUGAGUGGAGUGUUCUGCUCCGUGACGAGCUGUACACCUUUCAGGAACCUACCAGUCCAGACCAGCCCAUCGUUGUCAUGUGCGAUCUGGGAAUCGACCGUUCGGCGACCGUCGUCCUCACCGCUGUUUUCAUCGAAGCGGUGUUGGGCGGCAAGAACGUGACGCCCGAUGAAGUGUUCAAAAGACUGAGAGAUCAGAGAGCCGGCGCCUGCACCAACGUCGUCUUCUUCACUUACGCCGUCAGAGCGGCUCUCGUCUACCUCAAAAUCAAAUUCAAGAGUAUGAGCGACAUUCCGGAGGAUAUGAACGUCAAGUUCAAUGCUGCACUCGAGAAGGUUCCGUUCAUUUCGAAAAAAUAGAGAGCUCGUCAUCUUCCUUUGAAUUUCAGUAA